AUGGCCGAACUACUCGAGCCCGUCAUUCUCGGGGAUAAUAUUCAGCUUCGGAAGCACCUUAUAAGCCCUCAUGGCGCCAAAUGGCCACAUGCAUCGGUCAUGGACAACGAUGAGCACGCGCGGGCCUGGACCAAGGUUACCAGUGCCGUGCACGACCGGGGGGGGAGAUCUUCUUCCAGCCUUGGGCGAAUUCAGAAUGGGAACAUGCCGAUGCUAAAAGACAACGGAUACCUGGUCCAUGCGCCCUCCAAGAUUGCUGCGAAGAAAGGCAAAUUGCGCACAAUAGAAGGAACUCCAGGUCACACCCACAACAUUGUCGAGAUCGACAACCCGGAACCCUUUGUGGUGCAAUACCGCCACUCGGUCACCCUGGCAAAAGAGGCUGGUUUUGAUGGCAUCGAACUGUUAUCUCAGGGGGGGCUUGCGGUCAGUUGGAAUCAAGAUUCGGCACCGGAUGACUACAACGACACUGCUGUCUCCUACCAGGGGUUGAGCAAGACGUAUACGUACUACAUAGAGGAGCUGAUGCGCCGUGACCUUGCCUUCAUCAAUUUAUCCCGACGCGGCUGCGACGUCGGACGGGAGACCGAUGAAUAUUUUGAGUCACCGCCGAGGCCACAAGGCAAAAAAUUGGCGCCAAAGUACGACCCCUUCCUUCAAUGCGGGCCCAUGGUCAGGUUUCCCGGAAGUCAGACAAUGCUGAUGGUCAACCAUGAGUACACGAUGGAGGAAGCGAGUGCUCUGAUCGAAACUGGCCGCUUUAUCGGUACUGUGGUGAUCUUCAAGUAG